AGUUCAGGUGGAAAUAUCAUAUGCGAAGAACAGUGUAUUACUAAUGCGCUUCUAGUCGAAUUGUCGUUAGCGUUCGAGUCUCGAGGCCAAGAAAGCGAAACGGUCGAGCUCCUGGCUACCACUCCUGCCGACUACUUCAAUAGCUGCUCGGCUCCCUGUCUCAAUACUCGAUGCUGGGGUCUGUAUUCAGGUCGAGCUUCUAGUCUUCAUCAGACUUAUAUCCGUAUUCAGGUCGAGCUCCUGGUUACCACUCCAGCCGACUCAAUAGCGCUGUUCGGUUUUCAAUACUCGAUCCUGAGGUCUGAUUUCCGCGGAUCCAUUUCGAGAGUCGGGAUGGACAAUGCUACCUGCCACCCAAUAGAAGAAGACUGGUGCUCAAUUACUCUUCUAUCCUACCGGAUCAAUAAAGGAUUGGUAUUAUUCUAUUCUAUUACCUCACGCGUGGCCAGUGAGGAUCUCACUGUAGGGCGAGCAACUACUACAAAAUUGGUGCAUCGGGAUUCGACUCCAGGCGAAAUAGUUGAUGGGGAUCCUACAGACUAUGAGAACUAUGCGGACAAAGCUGAGUCAGCACUAGCUAAUGCAAUCGGUCUAACGAUUUUAAUGCAAGCGAAGCUUCACGCAUUAACCGCAAUGACUCAUACGCCUCCAAUACAAUCAAUAUCGGCUCAAGACAUCACGAAUGCCACUUCUCCUCGCAUUAAGAACGAUUCCGGGGAAACAUUUCCUGAGACAUCAUUGAAGCCCCAAAACAAACGAUCUAAUAGGUCCAAUAAAAACGGUAGCAGAGCGGUCAAUCUAACCCAGUCCAAUGUUCUCACCACGGGGAGUAUUGACCCACCAGAGCUCAGCACUUUCCAUAUCAAUUCAGAGGAAAGGAAACACAAACUGUGGAGAGCAUUGUUACCUACAGGUCAAAUCACAGUUAUGGAUCACCAGACUAGGGCCUUAUCCAGAGUCAAUGUUCUUCUCGACACCGAAGCAGAGAUUCCUUUCAUAGAUUCCUCACUAGCGGACAGACUUCAUCUACCAGUUUUAGAAGAAACUUCAAUAUUGAUCAAUACAUUUGGUUCUAGGGAGAAUAAGAGGUGCAAUUCCAAAAGAGUGGGCCUAGAUGUAUGGGAUAAUGAAGGCAUCCUACACUCCUUAGAGCUUUCAACACAUGAUGGCUUGACGUGCCCACUCACGUCUCCCACAGUUUCGGUAGAAGACAUGGAGUUUGUCAAGUUAUUGAACUUACCACUGGCCAUAGUUGGUGAGGAUCUGCUCAUCCAACCUUUGAUUCUUCUUGGGUGUGACCAUCUAUGGUCGUUCGUUAGAUGCGACAUACCCUCCAUAGAAUUACCAUCCGGGUUACACAUCCUACCAACCAAUUCGGCCCCAAAGAAAAAACGAGUAUCAGCAGCUCCACCGAGCUCUUUAUUGUUGUCUUUGGAUAAAAGAAAAUCAACAGAGUAUUCAAUUAGCACAAUCAUCAAUGUUCACGCCGAUUUACGCAAAAACGAACAAGAACAAUUAGCGCAACAUGUGAUUGGGCUAGUCGAAGAAAGUGAAAAUAAGGGGGACCGUCAUGUACAUUACAUCCCGCACCAUCCAGUAAUAACCCCACGUAAAACUGCAACUAAAUUACGGUUGGUGUUUGAUGCGUCAUCUCAUUAUAAGGGCUGUCCCUUACUUAAUGAUGUUCUCACUAGAGGGCCAGUAAUCUUAACCUUACUGUAUGGAAUACUACUGCGCUUUUGGGUUGGACAAAUUGCAAUAACAUCUGAUACCGAAAAAGCAUUCCUGCAGGUCAGACUCCAGGAGCGAAAUAGGGAUGUGACUCAUUGCCUUUGGCUA